UCAAGGAGAAGAUUGGAGAGCUGCACUGCGACUUGCCUCAUUCUCUUCACACUUACAGCUUUUACCCCUGGAUAUUGAAUCAGCGGAUAAUAUGUAAUCCUCUUAAUUGAUGUGUAAUGUGCACCGAGUGACACUUGAAGUAGCUAUGCCGUGCGUCCAGGCUCAGUGCGGAACGUCACCUCAAGGAGCCAGUCCCGCUUACCAGCAGAGCGCCAGCUUCCACGCGGCUGGAGUUCGCCACAGCCACAGCUGCGACUUCCUAACGCCGGAGUUUGUGAAGUUUAGCAUGGACCUGACCAACACUGAAAUCACCGCCGCUACUACUACCAAUCUUUCAAAUGUUGGCGCUUUCGUGGACAGCUAUUGUAACAAUUCCAGCUACGACGUCAAGCCCCCGUGUCUUUUCCAAAUGCCACAUCCAGGAGAGCAGGCAUCCAUCAAAGUUGAGGACAUCCCUGUAUACCACCAGCAACCGCAUCAGUCCGAUGAGAUGGUCUCACCACCUGAAUCCGUUUAUUACAAGACCCUCUCUCCGCACCAGACAACCUUCCAGAGUCCACACAGUCACGCGUGGGAUGAUUCUGGAUCUCUAUACAGUUUUCACCAGGACUACUUGGCAGUCGCUCAACGGAUGGAGCAGAGAAAAAACGCAAUAUCCAGAUUCUCCUUGUUUUCUCUCAAACAUGCCCCAACCGGUAGUCCUAUGUCGACUUGCCAGAUGAGAUUUGACGGGUCCCUCCAUGUGUCAGUGAACCCGAAUACCUCGGUCGGGCACCAUGGCUUGGAGAGCCAGGGCAUAUUCGCUUCCAGCGCCCUGAGGAAACACCCGGGGGUUGGCUUCCCCCAUUCACUUCAGCUUGGUCACGGACAUCACUUUUUGGAUAACCAAGCACUGUCGCCCCCCAGCCGAGGGUCAAUUGCCAACACGGAUGGUUUAUGCGCAGUGUGCGGGGACAACGCUGCCUGCCAGCAUUAUGGCGUGCGCACCUGCGAGGGCUGCAAGGGAUUCUUCAAGCGCACUGUUCAGAAAAAUGCCAAGUACGUAUGUUUAGCUGGGAAAAACUGUCCAGUUGACAAACGCAGGAGAAACAGAUGCCAAUUCUGCCGUUUCCAAAAGUGUCUUGUCGUUGGAAUGGUCAAAGAAGUCGUCAGGACCGCCAGUUUAAAGGGUCGACGGGGCCGGUUACCCUCCAAACAAAUAAGUCAAGACCCUUUGCCAACUGUCAGUAUUCUUAGCGCGCUAGUGAGGGCCCAUGUGGACUCCAACCCAUCCUUGUCUCGACUGGACUACUCCCAAUUCCAAAAUAAUCCUGACAACCCAGUUAUUGGGGACGACACUCAACAUGUGCAGCAGUUUUACGACGUCUUGACCGUAUCCAUGGAGAUUAUCCGCGGGUGGACUCAAAAGAUCCCUGGUUUUACUGAUCUGCCAAAGCCAGACCAAGAUCUCAUCUUCGAAUCAGCCUUCCUGGAACUAUUCGUUCUACGUUUGGCUUACAGGUCCAACCCUGAGGAAGGGAAGCUCAUAUUUUCCAACGGAUUGGUUUUGCACAGGCUGCAGUGUAGGCGCGGCUUUGGAGAGUGGAUUGACACCAUAGUGGAGUUCUCUGCCAACCUUCAAAGCAUGAACAUUGAUGUUGCAACAUUCUCCUGCAUGUGCGCCCUUGCCACGGUAACAGAAAGACAUGGACUUAAGGAGCCCAGGAAAGUGGAAGAACUUCAGAAUAAGAUUUUGAACUGUUUGAAAGACCAAGUGAAUUUUAACGAUGGAGGUGUCAGUCGACCAAAUCACUGGUCAAAACUCUUGGGAAAGCUGCCUGAACUUCGCACCAUAUGUACACAAGGUCUCCAGAGGAUAUUCUACUUGAAACUGGAAGACUUAGUCCCUCCACCUGCGAUUAUAGACACGUUAUUCCUCGAUACUUUGCCAUUUUAGGUGCCAGCGAUCAUUUCAGUGUGAUAUAACUGAGGUUAAUAAUGUGCUAAUUUGAGAUUCUUUAUCACAACCCAUAAUGCAUUUUCUCUCUUUAUUAUUUACACUCUUCAUAAGAGCACUGAAGGUCUACAUUACUAGAUAAAAACAAGAGACAGUACCACAUUUAAUUGCAUAUGUGUUGCCUAAUUAAUUUGAACAGAAAGGUUUUAGAAAAUAUCAAUAUAUCAUUUAUUUCUAAUGUGCACAGAAAAUGGAUGUCUUCGAUUAUUUUGUCUUGAUGAAAAUUGUGAACAAUUUCAUUUGAUAACAAUUUCCGAUAACGUUGGUGUAUGUUGUUACAGCUAGAUAAUGCGACAGAUAAGCCUCGAACUAUUAAUUUUUACAGAUUAAUUUUAAUCAAAUAAUUUAUGGGAGAUGUCUUUUCUUGUCAUGGGUGGUAUUUUGCAUUAGAAAUAAUCAUUUAUCAUUCUAAAUAAUCUAAUGUUUGCAGAUGUGUUUGUCAUUUUAUAUGGUUGGGGUUACGAUGUCCUAGUUUCCAUUUAAAAAUGAAAUUCCUGCGGUUUAUUACAAAUUGAAAUACAGAGAAUUUAUAUGGAUUUAUU